AAAUUAUUUAACUCUAAGCUAAUCACAAUUGAAUGUUGUGUAUAUCAUAUUAGAUAUGUAUAUAUAUAAAUAUAUAUACAUGUAUAUGAACAAUUUAAUUCAUUAAAUCAUAAUAGCUUAUUCAUUUGAAGCUAUGCUACUAAAAUGAAAUAAGAAAUUAUGAAUACCCUAAUUUAACACAAUAUAAAAUAAAUACUAUAAAAAUUGUACAAAUUUCUCUAAAUUAUAUAACAAUAAUAAUAAUAAUUGUAUUUGAAUUCAAUUAAAAUUAUUAUUAUUAUUAUUACAAUAUGGGUGAACGUAAAGCUGUAAUUAAAAAUGCCGAUAUGAGUAAUGAAAUGCAAGAGGAUGCAAUACAUAUAGCUGCUGGUGCAUUAGAUAAACAUGAUUUAGAAAAAGAUAUAGCUGCUAAUAUUAAAAAAGAAUUUGAUCGUAAAUAUAAUCCUACAUGGCAUUGUAUUGUUGGACGAAAUUUUGGAAGUUAUGUAACACAUGAAACACAUAAUUUUAUAUAUUUCUAUUUGGAUGAUCGAGCAUUCCUUCUAUUUAAAUCUGGAUAAAAGAAUAAUUUCUAAAAGAACUUAUGAAGAUAAUUAUAUUGAACAAUAAAAAUUUAUGGAUCUAUUCAAUGUACUUGACUUUUCGUAUAUUUGUCUUCAUUGAUUGCAUUAUAUUAUGUUGGUAAUUGAAAAGAAAAGGAAUAUAUCAUUAUUGUUUUAAUA